ACUAGACUCUCAACCACUGUUCCCGGAACCGCACCUUUUCGCGAGCGCAACUAUGUCGGCAUCUCAGCAGCCAAGCAGGCCAUACUUUCACAACGGUCAAGCCCUCUCAGCCUUUCGCCUAUUCGUCUUGAUUCUACUAGUGCUGAUAUCCACCUUUUCUCUUCUAGNUUUGAUCCUGCUGCUGCAGCUGCUGCAUCGCCGUUUAAUGCUAGCAACAAGACUCCCGGCAGGAGACCUGGCUGGGGCUUUGGAGGCAGCAGCGGUAAUGGCGGUAGAGGUGGAGGUCCUCCUCCCGGUGGCCGCAAGGUUGGCAGAGUGGACGAUGUGAGAGGGCCCGAGUGUAAAUCCUGCAAGUGA